AUGGCCGACUGCCGGCUUCUGGUAACAGUUCUGAUACUUUCAACAGCAGUUUUUCCACACGCUGUGCAAUGCUUCGAGACUAACAACCCCGAAGCGGCAGACCUUCUCAGCAUGAUACAGCGUAUUGGUGGGGGUGCCAUGUCGUUGAUAGAGCAGAGUGCAUCAGCGAAGCAGGAGGCUCUUGGAUGGGACAGUAUAGACCAGGAUGAGCUUAAAGAGUACUUUGAUGGCGAUGUUCCGGGUAUAAUGCAACAACUUAAAGUUCACGUGAAGCAAAACAGAGACACUGGUAUCUUUCAGAACGUGACGAGUGCUUGUAUGACCAACGUAGACAUGUUUCUGGACGACUUAGAGCAGUCUAAGACGUACGCAAGGCAGAUGGUCCACUCCAAUGGAGGUCGCAACCCGCUAGCUAAUUUGGAGUUCAAACUCCUUACGGCAAAUUAUGGCAACUUUGAGGAGUGCGAGCUGGUUCGAGACUACAACAAAGACGCGCCGUUUGAUACCAUGUAUUGCUCAGUUCUUUAUCCGUACCCGAUAACUACUUAUGCACGAACAUCGUUAUGUGUGCCGGCGGCUUGCUCUGGUCCUGAACUGUUCGAGCUAACCAAGGGAAUUCCAGUGAUCGGACCUUAUCUGUACUAUGACUGCGCAAUUGAUUAUCCAUGGUAUGCUGGAGCUAUUGUCACCGUAUGCGUGUUAUGUUUCUUUCUUGUGGUGGUUACGAUUGGAACCGUUUAUCACAUUGCUGCACAACGGAGAAUCCAAGAAAAGAUUGAUACGACAGUAGAAGACAUACAGAAGCGAGUGCAACCUGAAGAAAAUAUUUACGAGAGUCUGGACACUGCCGACGAAGAGGCAGUUGAGGUUAAAGCUAAGACCCAAGUGGACAGUGAAAAGGCCGAGAGCCGUAAUGGCAAAAUGGUGGAACUUGACAUCGAGGAGAAAAAUGGUGACGUCAGACGUCGUCCAAGUUACUCAGGGGCCGAUACAUCGGCUGCAAGGAAACAGCUGAAGAAAUUAGGUUUUCUCAAUAGACUUAUGAUGAGCUUCUCGUGCAUUAACAAUGGCUCUAAGAUCUUGAAUACUGAGCAGACUGCGGGAAGUCUAGCUUGUCUGAAUGGUAUUCGCGUAAUCAGUAUGUUCUGGAUUAUUCUCGGCCACACCCUCCAGUUUCAAAUUAUGUAUUGGGAUGAUAUUCGACAACCAAUUCAACAAGUUGUUCCUGUUUUCCUCGCCUCCGGACUCAUUUACUCUACCGUCUCUGUGGAUACUUUCUUUAUGCUCAGUGGUCUUCUGCUGACAUACCACACAAUGAAGCACCUGAAGAAAACCAACGGCAAAAUGAACUGGUUGAUCUUCUACUUCCACCGGCUAUGGCGGAUAACCCCAGUGUACAUGCUGUCACUGGUGAUCUGGGCGUGUCUAGCUAUACACUUAGGCCAAGGACCCGGUAUGAUAGGCUUGUUUGAAUUUGCAGCCGACACGUGUGAAGAGUACUGGUGGACUAACCUGCUGUACAUUAACAACCUGUACCCGUUCCCUGGGGACCUUUCCCUACAGUGUAUGGGCUGGUCCUGGUACUUGGCUAAUGACAUGCAGUUCUUCAUCAUUAGUCCAAUAAUUCUGUACAUUUUGCAUAAGAAUUCAAAGAUUGGGAUAACUCUCAUAGUUAGUCUUUGUCUCGGGUCUUUUGGUAUCACAGCUUACCUGGCGACGUACUUCGGUGCUCCUGUAGGACUACGUGAGGCCUACAACAACAAUACUGUAGUCGUAUAUGAAAAUCCAAGUGCGGACAUCAUCUAUGGCAAGCCAUAUUGUCGGAUCCAAACCUACCUGGUUGGAAUGAUAGCUGGCUAUAUCUUCUUCAAACUCAAUGGACAGACUAUCAAAAUGAGCAAGCGGGUCAACGCCCUAGGGUGGCUGAUUGCAGUUGCCCUGGGUAUGGGUGUGGUUUUCGGUCUCUACAGGUCGCCAGAUAACAACGAGAUUGAAUUCUACGCCGCCGUAAUGUACACAACUUUCAGUCGAUUUGCCUUCGCUGUGGCUGUGGUCUGGGUGGCGUUUUCUUGUCAUUUCGGAUACGGAGGACCAGUCAAUACCUUACUAAGUUGGGGAUUUUGGGCUCCACUGAGUCGCAUAACCUUCGGUGUUUACCUACUACAUCCAACACUGAUAUACGUCAUGUAUGUUACGUCUAAAUCACUCUACCACUUCACGGUUAUGUCAUAUAUCUGUGUAUUUGUUGGCAAUGUGGUGGUAUCGUACGUUGCGGCUUUCCUAAUGUCGAUCGGUGUUGAAGGACCGCUUCUAGGCCUUGAGAAAGCCAUUCUUGGCGGCGCUGGUGAUCAACCAAUCAAACCGAAGAAGACUACUCCACCAGCAAAAUAA